AUGUCUCCUCAAAAGCGUACUAGGGACGGUCGCCCAGUUCUUCGAACAGAUUCUGACAAACUGCAGAUGGUUAUCACUUCAUUACAGGCUAUGAUCAUUACAAUAAAUACAUUUGCGAACUUGAAAAUUCCUGCCAGCCUACUACGUCGUCUACAACUACCUGCCACUAAAUUCACUACCUUAGAGGAGGCUGCGGAUGCUGUACAAGUGACCUACAAUCGAAAUAGCCCAAAACAUUUGUGGGAACCUAAAAGCAGUGAACUGAGUGAUGGUCGACUAUCAGAAUGGGCUGAUACUGGUAUCGACAAGAUCCUUAUGUCGCCGUAUUUCAGGCUAGCAAAUUCCGAGACAAACUGCCGAACAAUCCUUGAUAUAAUAUUUUGUGACCGACUUGAACAACUCGAAGACUCAAAGUCUGAACAUUGUCUAAAUUGGUUUCCUAAAAUGACGCUAUCUGUGAAGAGCGAGCCGUUAAACAAGCUUAUUCAAGGCAGGGCCGGCAAUUGCCUUGCAUACGGAAAACAAAAAAGCGAUUUACACACAGCCUUGAUUGUCUUAGAAGCAAAAAAUCCAGGUUUAGUAUCAAUUGCACUUCCACAAUUGAUUGUUUAUCUCGCUGCGGUUCAGGACAGCCGAAAGGAGUCGACAAAAAUAAAUUCCUGCGUUUUCGGACUUAUCACUGACUCGGAUAAAUACGAAUUUGCUUAUCUUGAUGAAGAUCGCAACCUUUUCGUUUCAAACACCUAUAAAUGGGCAUCUCAAAAACUUCAUAUUAUUCAAUUGGUCGAUAAAGUACUUAAAGAUUCCAUUGAAGCUACUCCUCAUACGACACCUGUGAAGACCGGCAACAAGACAAUCCAUAACUACCGGACGUAUCUGAAUGAUAGUCAUCGAGUUGGAACUUUCGAAGUGGUUGAUAAUAGCGACAUGCGCAGAUGGAAGGUGGUUAAAAAGACUCCUUUUGGAGAAGUGCUUAUGGAGCUGGAAUGA